AUGUUUUCGAAUCCUUUUUUCAAAAAUAGUGGAGCAUCUAGUCCUAAAAAUAAUGUGCAAUCAACAUAAUAAAGACCAUCAGUAUAGGAUAUAAUGAAUAAAUAUAAAUAUAAUCCUUCAGAAAGAGUAUCUCAUGUUGAUGAAUAAAUAUUAGGAAGUCUUAACGAAUCCUCAAAUGUAGUGAAUUAAUAACAAAUUAUAGUUUUUAAAUGAAUAAUCAAGACAUGAUAAGAUGUUUCUAAAUCCAAUACAACCAUAGUUUGAUUUAGAUCCACCACCAAAAAAGGAUGUAAUAGCUAGAUUAACCUUUGGAGAAGAGAACAAGAAAUUUGAAUCUCAGAAAUUACAAAAUUAGCGAUUAUUGAAUGAAAAUGAUCUCUUUGAUGAUAUGUCACACUUAAAAGAUAAAGUAUUAAGUAUCAAAUAAUCAUAAUAUUUAAGACAUGUUAGAGAGAUAUUCUGUUACUCUUAAAGCUCCAGAAUAAUAAAAUAAAAGGAACACUAUCAAACAUUAAUUAGAAUUGGAUGCCAAUCAAGUAGCCUAGGAAUAUUCAUAAAUUGUAGAUAAAUUUAACAAUCCAGAUUUAUCAGCUAUAUCAAUUGCAGAUAGUACAAUACCAGUAUACAAAGUAUAAGAUUGAAUAUGAUUCAAUUAGGAAUAAUAAUUGACUUAAAUGUUUAAUCUAGUAGAAGAAUUUCUUACAAAAUUUAAGAAUAUAUCCUAAGUUCAAUAAGAAAAAUCAUAAUUAUUACGAUCACGUAUUAAUGCAGGUGAAUCUCAAUUAUAACCUUAAUCAAAUAAAGCAAAAGAAUCAGAAAAACAAUUUACUUUUUAAUCUAAUUAAUCUAGUAAACAUUCAAGUUAAGCUGUUAAAAAUAAAGCUUAAGCACAAUUUGCUUAAUCAAUAACAGUUGGAUAAUCUAAUCUAAAUUAUUAAUAGAGUUUCUAAAAAACAAAUGGAAGUCAAUAAUAAAGUCCUACUAAAACUAGUUCAUUUUAAUCUGUCCAUAAUACUAUACCCACAUAUGAAUAAAAAUCAAUUCCUGCAUAAUAACCAAUAACACAAUUAGAUAUGACAGUUUACACUUAAUUUCCAAAAAUGGAGGAUUCAUUUUAUGAUUAGAAAUAAAUGUCAAUACAAAGAAUUAAUAUGAAAUUAUAAACUUUGAAAUAAAAAUUGCAAUAGGAAUUAUAAAAAGAGAAUAUGCCAUACACAUAAAAAAUAUUAAAUCAAAUGAUAUCCAGUUUAUAAGAAAUAAUCAAUACUCAAGAUUAUUAAUUAGUCAAAACCAUCAUAUUUAGAAUAGAAUAAGGUAUACAAUAGUUAUCAAACAAUAAGGAAGGUUCAAUUAAUCUUUAUAAAUAUAUCAACAAAGCUUUAAUAAAUUCAAAAAUGAAAACAGAUUUGUUUACUCAAAGAGCCUCUAUGCCUGUUCAUGCUCAACCUGAAUAGCGUAAUAGUUCUACUACUAUGUCUUCACUUAAUACUUACUAAACUCCAGCAAAAAUAGAAAAUGGUAACGCUAAAUUUACUCAAAAAGUGGAUAUAGAUCGCAAUUUUGAAAAAAAAGAAAGGGAUCAACGCCAUUUAGAGGAACAUAACAUUUAUUUUGAUUAAAGAUUGAGCAAUCUCAAUAAACCAGACAUUAUAAAACCUAAAUAAUAAUCAUAUGAAAAUUAAGUAAUAUCAUNUAAAUUGUAGAUAAAUUUAACAAUCCAGAUUUAUCAGCUAUAUCAAUUGCAGAUAGUACAAUACCAGUAUACAAAGUAUAAGAUUGAAUAUGAUUCAAUUAGGAAUAAUAAUUGACUUAAAUGUUUAAUCUAGUAGAAGAAUUUCUUACAAAAUUUAAGAAUAUAUCCUAAGUUCAAUAAGAAAAAUCAUAAUUAUUACGAUCACGUAUUAAUGCAGGUGAAUCUCAAUUAUAACCUUAAUCAAAUAAAGCAAAAGAAUCAGAAAAACAAUUUACUUUUUAAUCUAAUUAAUCUAGUAAACAUUCAAGUUAAGCUGUUAAAAAUAAAGCUUAAGCACAAUUUGCUUAAUCAAUAACAGUUGGAUAAUCUAAUCUAAAUUAUUAAUAGAGUUUCUAAAAAACAAAUGGAAGUCAAUAAUAAAGUCCUACUAAAACUAGUUCAUUUUAAUCUGUCCAUAAUACUAUACCCACAUAUGAAUAAAAAUCAAUUCCUGCAUAAUAACCAAUAACACAAUUAGAUAUGACAGUUUACACUUAAUUUCCAAAAAUGGAGGAUUCAUUUUAUGAUUAGAAAUAAAUGUCAAUACAAAGAAUUAAUAUGAAAUUAUAAACUUUGAAAUAAAAAUUGCAAUAGGAAUUAUAAAAAGAGAAUAUGCCAUACACAUAAAAAAUAUUAAAUCAAAUGAUAUCCAGUUUAUAAGAAAUAAUCAAUACUCAAGAUUAUUAAUUAGUCAAAACCAUCAUAUUUAGAAUAGAAUAAGGUAUACAAUAGUUAUCAAACAAUAAGGAAGGUUCAAUUAAUCUUUAUAAAUAUAUCAACAAAGCUUUAAUAAAUUCAAAAAUGAAAACAGAUUUGUUUACUCAAAGAGCCUCUAUGCCUGUUCAUGCUCAACCUGAAUAGCGUAAUAGUUCUACUACUAUGUCUUCACUUAAUACUUACUAAACUCCAGCAAAAAUAGAAAAUGGUAACGCUAAAUUUACUCAAAAAGUGGAUAUAGAUCGCAAUUUUGAAAAAAAAGAAAGGGAUCAACGCCAUUUAGAGGAACAUAACAUUUAUUUUGAUUAAAGAUUGAGCAAUCUCAAUAAACCAGACAUUAUAAAACCUAAAUAAUAAUCAUAUGAAAAUUAAGUAAUAUCAUCCAACUCUGGAUAUGAAUCUAGAGGAUCAGUAAAUUAUGAAAAGAAAUAAGAAGAUCAUAAGACAUAUUCUUAAGAUGCUCGUUUGAGUUAUUAAUUGUAAUUUGAAUCCAGACCUAGUAUUAAUAUAGAAUAGAGAUAUUCUAGCAAUGAACCAAAAAAUAUUUAUUAUGCUACUGAAUAUCAAAGGAAAACUGAAUAGAGUUCCUUUUAAGAAUUCUAAAAAUUUAAUUAUGAAAGAAGAUCUGAAGUCUAAAGACCAUCUGAAAAUGCUUUAAGAUUAUCUGAUAUGCAAAGACCAUCUGAAUAAACUAUAAAGAGAUUAUUUUUUGAUUCUGCUCUUACCUAAAAGAAUAAAUUGCCUUCCAAUCAUCCAGGUCGAAAUAUAAUGGUGUCAGAUUUAUAUGAAGAAUAUGUUAAAAUAGGUGGAGACAUGCAAAAAUUUAUAUAAUAAUAAUUUGAUCGUUGUUGA